AUGAAGAACUGCAAGCUGUUGAUCCAUCGUCUUCUUGUUCAUUCUCUCUUGCUACUUUGCUUUGCAGCCUUGGCUUUCGGAGCUAAUCGGUUAUCAGCUGAUGAAGUACAAGCUUUGAAGGACAUAGCAAAGACACUGGGGAAGACAAACUGGAAUUUCAGUGCUGAUCCCUGCAGCGGAGAAUAUGGAUGGAUUACUCAAGCCGACAAAUAUAAUGCCAAUAACGUCACCUGCGGCCAUUGUACAACUUCCGAUGCGGCCAACGCCACCGGUACUACUGAUCAGAUCUGCCACGUUGUUAGCAUACUUCUGAGAGCUCAGAAUUUGCCAGGAACACUUCCCUCAGAAAUGGCGAGGCUUCCCUAUCUCCAACAAAUUGACCUUGCUCGUAACUAUCUGAAUGGAACCAUCCCUCCAGAAUGGGGUUCUCUGCCACUAGUUAACAUUUCUCUUGUUGGAAACCGCUUGACAGGUUCUAUCCCCGUUGAGCUUGCAAAUAUUACCACCCUGAAAAGUUUAACCAUAGAUUUCAAUAAUUUCUCUGGAGGUCUUCCUUGGGAACUUGGAUUCUUGCCUAGCAUAGAAACACUUGUUCUUACCUCAAACAAUUUUACUGGGGAGUUGCCAGAUACAUUUGCAAAGCUCACCAAAUUAAAGGAUUUUCGGAUUAUUGACAAUUCGCUUUCUGGGAAAAUACCAGACUACAUUCAAAACUGGACAAAUAUCAAGAAACUAGGGAUUCAGGCUAGUGGUUUGACGGGACCAAUUCCUUCUGGAAUUUCUCUAUUGACAAGUUUAACUGACCUGAGAAUUACUGACUUGAAUGGACCUGAAUCAUCCUUUCCUCGACUUGAGAAUAUGAAGAACUUGAAGAUAUUGAUCUUGAGGAGUUGCUAUAUUAAUGGACAGCUACCAGAAUAUUUUUCCGACAUGACAGAGUUGACAACUUUAGACCUCAGCUUCAACAAGCUAACUGGAAAAGUCCCAAGGAGCUUUGUUGCUCCAACAAAUAAUUUGGACUACAUAUUCUUAACUGGAAAUUUGCUGAAUGGACCCGAGCCUCUGUGGAUGGUAGGGGAAAAUGUUGAUCUUUCAUAUAACAAUUUCACAAUCACCCCAGGGCCUGUAAAUUGUCAGCCACAAGCCGGCUGGAACUUGUUUGCAGGCUCUUCAGAGGGCAACAGUUCAGCUGUUUCGUGUUUGAGCAAUAAAACUACAACUUGUUCCAAAAGUUGGUAUACUCUCAAUAUAAAUUGUGGAGGAAGUGGAGUAACAGUUGACGGAACAACAUAUGAUGAGGAUAUAACUGCAAAUGGACCUUCAUCAUAUUACAUGAGCAGCACAAAUUGGGUGUCAAGCAGCACCGGUUACUUCCCUGAUGAUGACAGUUCUACAGACCACUUUACUUCGUCUACUAAUUCAUCUAGACUGUCUAUGGCCAAUGCUCAACUAUACAUGACUGCACGCCUUUCUCCCAUCUCUCUAACUUAUUAUGGGUUUUGCCUGUUAAAUGGAAACUACACAGUAAAUCUCCAUUUUGCGGAGAUAAUGUUUACAAAUGGUCCAACAUAUAGCAGCUUGGGAAGGCGCAUAUUUGAUGUUUACAUUCAGGGCAUACGAGUGCUGCAGGAUUUCAAUAUUGCAGAUGAGGCAGGUGGAGCUGGUAAGGCUGUCAUAAAAAACUAUACUGCUGCAGUAACUACUAAUACGUUGGAGAUCCGUUUCUUUUGGGCCGGGAAAGGAACCACUGGUAUCCCUGUAAGAGGAGUUUAUGGUCCUCUUAUCUCCGCCAUAUCUGUAGUUCCAGACUUUGAACCCCCGGCAGAAAUCUCGUCAGGACACAUAUCAAAGAGUAUCUCUAUAGGUGCAGUGGUUGGAAUUAUGGCUGCAGGGGCAGUAUUCCUUGUAUUGCUGGUUUUCGCUUAUCUUUGGUGGAGAGGCUAUCUAAGACGAGAAAGGACUUUGGAGCAAGAUUUAAAAGGUGUUGACCUGCAAACUGGUAAAUUUAGCUUGAGACAAAUCAAAGAUGCCACGAAGAACUUUGACAUAUCCAACAAGAUUGGAGAAGGUGGUUUUGGUCCUGUUUACAAGGGCCAGCUAUCAGAUGGCACCAUAAUUGCUGUUAAGCAGCUUUCUGCCAAAUCAAAGCAAGGAAAUCGUGAAUUUGUAAAUGAGAUCGGCAUGAUUUCUGCUCUGCAACACCCUCAUCUUGUCAAGCUGUAUGGAUGCUGCAUUGAAGGAAAUCAGUUGUUGCUUGUCUACGAAUACAUGGAAAAUAACAGUGUUGGACGCGCUUUGUUUGGUGCAAAAGAAAGUCAGUUGAAGUUAGAUUGGCCAACAAGGCACAAGAUUUGUGUUGGUAUAGCAAAAGGUCUGGCUUACCUCCAUGAAGAAUCACGGUUGAAGAUCGUUCAUAGAGACAUCAAAGCUACUAAUGUGCUGCUUGAUAAAAAUCUUGACCCGAAGAUAUCAGACUUUGGCCUAGCCAAGCUUGAUGAAGAUGAUAGUACCCAUAUAAGCACUAGGAUUGCUGGAACUUAUGGAUAUAUGGCGCCUGAAUAUGCAAUGCGGGGUUAUCUAACUGAUAAAGCAGAUGUGUAUAGUUUUGGAAUUCUCGUAUUGGAAAUGGUCAGCGGAAGGUGCAAUACAACUUACCGUUCCAAGGAAGAGAGCUUUUACAUUCUUGACUGGGCACUUCUUCUACAAGAGAAAGCAAGUUUGCUAGACCUAGUCGAUCCAAGGUUGGGUUGCGAUUUUAACAAAGAAGAAGUGAUGAUUACCAUCAAUGUGGCUCUACUUUGCUGUAAUAUCACUGCAGCACUUAGGCCCGCGAUGUCUUUAGUGGUGAGCAUGCUUGAAGGCAGGGCUCGUGUUGCAGACUUGGUAUUAGAUUCAAGUGCCUCAUCACAGGAGAUCGGUGAAAUGAGGAAACAUUUUGGAUCCAGUUACUCAUUGGAGACCACCGGUGGAAGUACAGAGAACGAUGUGCAUGGAAGGGGCGUGCAUGGAAGCGACAUCAGUUCAGGGGCUCUAUCCAAUCAAUCCUCAUUCAAGUUGCUGGAAGAACAGUAAUUCAAGA